CCGAGGCCUCCGGCUCCACCUCCCGGGCCUUGCCUCUCUCCAGGAGCGCCCCCUUCACCUUUGCUCCCCACAUCCAUCUGUCCCCAGGCCUUGCCGGCUGCCUCACAGCACCGCCCCGCUGCCGUCCCUUUCCUGUGGCUCAGCGUCCUCAGAACCGCAGCAGCCCAGGGCCCGGGAGGAAACGCCUGGAGACCUGCACUGCUGCAGGCAACUUGUUUCUCACGGGGCCAGACUAUCUCGCUGGAGCUGCUGCCUGGACUCUUGUCCAAAGCUGAGUGGACUGUUUGGAAGGACAGUAUUGCCAUCUGUUUGACUCCAAGCAGUUCUCUUGCUUUGCAUCUCUAGCUACCUCAGCCACGCAUAGGAUUGGCUCACCUUUGAUCCUGGACAUCUUCCUUAUCUCAGACGGACUUUGUGUUCACCAUGUGCCUUUGGAUGCUCAAAUUUGGGCUGGUGGCCAUCCUGGUAUGAGGUGAUCCAGUCAGUCCCCAAGCCCUAGACUUGAUCCUGGACCUUUCUUUUCCCACCACGGCUCCAGCACGUCUCCAGGGGUUGACAAUUCUCUUAUUGUUUUCUGGGAAACUGAAUGGAGUAGCCAGCCUCCAAGAUGGCGCCCGAUGAUUCUUCCCUCCUGAUAGUCCCAGCCUUGUGCAGUUCCCUCCAUAUUGAUGAGGGCUGACCAGGACAAUAUGAUGACCAAUGGGUUACCAUGGAAACGAUGGAUUGAUUUUGGAGGGUAUAUCAUAGAAGGCAUUGCCACCUGUGCCUUGGAUCAUGUGCUCUGGGGGAAGCCAGUUGUCCCAUCAUAAAGCCAGUUAUGCAGCCCAUCGAGAGAUCUUCGUGGUAAAGAACUGAAGCCUCCUGACAGCAGCCAGCACCAAAGUGCCAGCUCUGUUCACAUCUCAUCUUGGAAUUCACCCUCCUCCAGCCCCAGAUCACCUUCAGGUGGGUGGUUGCAGCCCUGGUUGACAUCUGCACUGCAACCUCACGGAGACCCUGAGCCAGAACCACCCACGGAAGCUGCUCGUAGAAACUGUGGAAGGCAGACGGAGCCUUGUUACCACGGUGUUAGGGCACGCUGAUGGUGUUAUGUGACACACCUACUUUCAGAAGCCAGAGGGAGAAUAAUUCAUCAACGUUCAAGAUCUGGGUGAGCAGCUGCCCUCCAUCUGCUUCGAGAAGACUCGAAUUACCUGCUGUGCCCACAGCCCCUUCUGAGAAGAACAAUGGUUCCAUGGUUUGGUGCCAGAAUCACAAGCAAUGUUCUAAGUGCCUGGAGCCCUGCAAGGAGUCCUGGGACCUGCGGAAGGAGCAGUGCCAGAGAUUCUGUGAGCCUCUGUUCCCCAAGAAGAACUACGAGUGCCUGACUAGCUGUCAGUUCCUCAAGUACGUCCUGUCCGUGAAGCAGGGGGACUGCCCAGCCCCCGAGAAAGCCAGCGGGUUUGCCGCCGCCUGUGUUGAAAGCUGCGAGGUAGACACGGAGUGCUCGGGGAUGAAAAAAUGCUGUUCAAAUGGAUGUGGACACACCUGCCAGGUGCCCAAGACACUGUACAAAGGUGUCCCUCUGAAGCCCAGAAAAGAGUUACGAUUCACAGAACUACAGUCUGGGCAGCUGGAGAUUAAAUGGUCCUCGAAAUUCAAUAUUUCAAUUGAGCCUGUCAUCUACGUGGUACAAAGAAGAUGGAAUUUUGGAAUCCAUCCUAGCGAAGACGACGCCACACAUUGGCAGACGGUAGCCCAGACCACAGAUGAGCGGGUUCCACUGAGUGACAUCCGACCCAGCAGAUGGUACCAGUUCAGAGUAGCAGCUGUCAACGUGCAUGGCACCCGGGGCUUCACGGCACCCAGCAAACACUUCCGCUCCUCCAAAGAUCCGUCUGCACCUCCAGCUCCAGCCAACCUCCGGCUCGCAAACUCCACCAUCAACGGCGAUGGGAGCGUGACCGUGACUCUUAUCUGGGAUGUCCCCGAGGAACCGGAUAUCCCAGUACAUCACUACAAAGUGUUUUGGAGCUGGGCAGUCAGCCGCAAGUCACUGGUCCCAACCAAGAAGAAGCGGAGAAAGACUACAGACGGGUCUCAGCGCUUUGUGAUUCUGGAGAGGCUUCAGCCAGACUGUGACUACACUGUGGAACUCCAGGCCAUCGCCUACUGGGGACAGACGCGACUCAAGAGUGCCAAGGUGUCCCUUCAUUUCACGUCCACCCACGCUGCCAACAACAAAGAACAACUUGGGACAACUAGAAAGGGCGUGAUGGAAAUGCAGUCCCCUUUUCAAAGAAGACGGCCCACUCGCCUGCUGGAAAUUGGCACCCCCUUCUAUCAAGACGGCCGACUGCAAGUGAAGGUGUACUGGAAGAAGGCUGAAGAUCCCAGCGUCAGCCGCUACCAUGUGCAGUGGUUUCCACAAGUCUGUACCCACAAUGCAUCUGCCCGACCAGACACGUCGUCGGCCACGACCCAGGAAAAUUAUAUCAUUCUUCAAGAUCUCGCGUUUUCCUGCAAAUAUAAGGUGACUGUCCAACCCGCGCGGCCAAAGGGCCGCUUGAAGGCAGAAAUCGUUUUCUUCACGACGCCACCGUGCUCUGCUCUUCAGGGGAGAAGCCACGAGCACAUCAGCUGCCCUGGAGAGGCAGGUCCCGUUCUGUACAACGUGCUGGCCAAGCCGGAGAACCUUUCUGCUUCCUUCAUCGUCCGCGAUGCAAACAUCACGGGCCACUUCUCCUGGAAGAUGGCCAAAGCCAACCUGUACCAGCCCAUGACGGGCUUCCAGGUGACGUGGGCCGAGGUGACGACGGAGAGCAGACAGAACAGCCUGCCAAAUAGCAUCAUCUCACAGUCCCAGAUCCUGCCUUCUGAUCAUUACGUCCUCACUGUGCCCAGUCUGAGGCCAUCCACCCUGUAUCGACUGGAAGUUCAAGUUCUGACCGCAGAGGGAGAAGGGCCCGCCACCAUCAAAACCUUUCGGACCCCCGACUUCCCACCAUCCUCAGCACACAGACCUCACCUGAAGCACCACCAUGCUCGUCGCCACAAGCCUUCUCCAGAAAGGUACUAAACGGCUCCAAGCGACGUCUGGAACGGAAGCAACGUGGAAGCUCGCUGAACUCCAGGCCUAGCCAUGCGCACUUCCGGAAACAGACACUCUUUCCCACGGAUGUCACUUUCCCACGGACAUCACUCACCCACACAACUUCUGGGCCCUGGUCCAUGACGGAGGCAUCAACUCGUCAGCCGGCAAAGAUGGACCUAUUUUCCGUGAGAGUGGAGAACACGAACCCUUACGCCUAUUUUAACUGCAAAUUCUGCAUGCAUAGGCGGUUUGGCUAAUCUCGACUGGAUUAUUCCAGAACUAAGAUUUCCCUGAGUUUGGAGCAGCAAAUUCUCAAGACACAUCUGUGUAACAGAGACUCAAUUCAUACGCACAGUAAGCGUAAAGAUAACCCGUGAAGCUUUUUAUUAAAUUAUCGAUUCAAUUUGGGAAACCAACUAACGUUAUACAGUUUUUAGGCCCCCCCAUUUAUUCAAAUCUAGCAUAAGAUGAUUUUUAUUACGUGUGACUCUUAACUGGAAUAUUUAACCAGAAAUAUACACCAGUUAACACAUCUAAAAAUGCUCCUACUUCAGGUACCCUGAGCUUCAUUUUAUACAAAGAAAAAUGAGUCUUCCAUCGUAAAUUAUGAUUCACGAGAGACCUCCAAAGCAGGAAAGAGUCAAUGAAUUAAGCUGCUGUCCAGCUUUUGCCUUGGGGAAAUCAUAAGUCUUUUUAAUAUUUCAUCCUAUAAUAUGAGGGAUUUCCCUGCUAUAUUAUUUAUAUUUACCUUUUUCUCCUUAACGCGGAAAACAGCUACUGGUACUCUUGUUUACCCCUUUUGUGUAUCUAAAAUUUUGCAAAACCUCCUGCUUAAAAGGAAAACAUCCCAACUAUGGAUUCAAAUCUUUACCAAGAUUUGCCGUUUCUUAAUCAAAGGAAUCUACUUGUAUGGGAGAAUAUUCUCAGUGAUAUAAAAGGGGGGACGGGGGCUUUGAUUGAUAGACGAGGAGUUAUCUGGCUUUACCCUAACAUUUUCAAAUCUGUUAAAUGUUUUUGUUUGGAAAAUUCCCCAGGCUCCAAACUUCUGCCUUCUAGCAUGGACUCAAGUCAAAGCAUGUUCUCAGUAUCUAGUGUUGCAGUGUAUUUUGGGGCGAACUCAAACACAGAAAUGUCUCGUUUAGUCGUUCUUCUUGAGGGAAUACCCACAUGCGUGGUUUGGUUUGAAAUAUGCAUAUGUGGGUGCUUAUAGUUAAAAGCGUGUGCAUGUAUUUGUGUGUGUAUAUAUAUAUAUAUAUAUAUAUAUAUAUAUACAUGCAUAUAUAGAUAUACAUGGCUACAUCUUCAGUAUGAAUCACUAAGGAAAUUGUUUUCACAGCUCACCGACGGUGGAUAAAGACAUAGUUCUUAUAAAGGUCAUAUGGGUAAUAUAUUUUCCCCAUCAAUGUUGAUGAGAAAAGAGCAAUUUAUCAAAAUUAAACCUUUUGAAGGAAAAGCUUCCUUGUUUCAUUAUCUACCCAAGUAAAAUGGGGACACUUUCAGUAACCUUAUUCUUAGGUGUCACUGGUGGGAUUUGGUCCUGGUCACGUUGUGGUGUCCUGAAAGCGUGCACUGGCCACUCCUGGGACAGCUGUCCAGCUCAGGACGCCUUCCCUCCAGGAAGUGUCACUGCCGGGUCUCAAAGCAGAUGCCACAUAAAAGGGAGAGAAACCGUUUUUUAUUAUUAUAUUGAUGCGUAUCUUUAGGAAGCACAGCCUGCAAGCAUGGAUACCUGAUAAUUGGUACCAAACACCGUUUCCUGUGUGUUACAAUUAAAAAUGGAAUAAUGCAGGAAAUGUCUUGCAGCUUUGUGCAAGUGACAGGAGUGGAAGUCUGAGGACAGACGUGCGCGUGCGUUCAGACUAAGGUUUUCUGUAGCUCCGUACGUGGUCUGGGAUGGACGUACCACAAGUGUUGUGAAAUCACCUGGUUCCAAGAAUUACAAAUUUUGAAAGGAGAAAUCAAGAAACCACCUUCCUUUAAAACACUCCCUAGCUCGAGGAAAAACAAAAAAACCCCAAAAAACAAAAACAAAAACCCCAAAACAAAUCAUGGGGAGUGCGUCUCUAAAAUUACGAUGUUUUUCUAGUGCCACUACAGCAUCUAGACUGCAAAUUCCUAAAAUUUCAAAAAUGAAGAUGUCUAAUUAUCAGCUGCAUGUGUGUCUUUUACCUUAAUUUGUCAUGAGCAAAUCCUAGUAUUUGUGCCCCCAAAUUUUUGUGCUGCUGUAGAGUUUCAAAUGCAGGAGUAUGUACAUAGAUACAACAUAUUACUAUUAUAUAGGUUUAAUUUUAUAAAAUUUAAGUAUGUUUCUUCUGUCUCGGUAAUAGACAUUGGGCAAAUAUAUUUUUACUUUGGAUGAAGGUUCUGAAGCGUACCCCUUCCUUAAAAAAUCUAAAGCACUCUUAAUCUAAUUUUGCUAUGAUGUUCAGUAAUUUCAAUUUUAUUAGUAUCAUUGGAAGAAAAAUGCUAUUAGGCAAUAAAAGAAACAUAAGCUUCUUUUAUGAAUUUGAACAAUCUCCAAUAAUAUUCAAAUGAGCAAAAAUAUAAUUUUUUGAAUUAUAAAAAUUUGAGUGCCCUAAUAAAGGGAUAACAUCUGUUUUUUAUUU